UCUUCCUCUUUUUCUCUUCCUCCGUGCUUACUCUUCCCUACUCCAGGCACACACGCUCGCGCGCACACAUCGCACACACAAACACAUAAGCACUCACACGCGCGAGCGCGAGCGCUCGCUCGCUCUUCUCUUCCCUUCCGCUCCCUUCCUCUAUCUUUCGGUUUCUCCCGCUGUCCUUCCUUCUUACGCCCUGCUGCCGGUGGUAUCUUCUGGUCUCCGGUCCCCCGUAGUUGACGGAGGCAGGCUGGAGAGUUCGAUUCUCUCUCCCGGCCGCGAGAGUCAGCCCGAGAAGAAGAAGAAGAAGAAGAAGAAGAAGAAGAAGAGGAAGAAGACACGAAUUAGUGAGAGAGAGAAAGAGAGAGAGAGAGAGAGAGAGAGCGGGGGAGGCAAAGAAACACCCGCGGAAGACGCAGUGUGUGAGAGGAGAGCGCGAGAGCUCUCGCGGAACCGAGAAAAGGUCUCGUUCUCUCUCUCCUUUCCGAUCCUUUCGGCGGAGGAAUUCUAGCUGGCGUGGCUCGACGGCCGCCUCCACCUUCCUUCCCUCCACCCGAGUUCAUUCAGAGCCCUCCCUGGAUGGGACGGUCCACACACCACGUCUACUCGGUGCCGGGUUCCCCGCGAUAUUUUGUGACUGCCUGUCCGUGCGGUUCUUCUCUUCGUGUUAGCCUGUGCUCUCUUCGGCUCCCUAGACCCGUCGCGGAAUAGGGAGGUCGAAAUGACCCGGUUGGGAUUGCGAUUCGUGGCAUCCGCAGUCUUCCUGGCCGGGAUAGUCGGUGGGCAAUACAAUCACACGUCAUGGUCGUACAACCCUCCGCCCGUUGUUCCACUUGGACGAGGUGAUAUACCAAAAAGUAACGACGACGAUUAUAAUAUUUCACCGCGAUGGAAAGCUUUCUACAACGAAGGUUCUGAGGAAGAUAGGCGGUACUUAAAUAAUCAAAGCCAAAAUUACGAUGAUCGAUACCCCGAUGGCGACGAGUAUGGCCAAAGAACCGACGACUCUUAUGGCGGCUUGGAUCAAGGAUCGUACAAUCACGGACAGGGGCAAGUCCCGUUGGAUCCUUACAAUCAGGAAGCCGGCAGAGAUCCUUACGGAAGAUCCCGGGGUUAUGACGAUAACUACGGCGGAGGAGAACAAAGCUCUAGAGAUCCUUACGGCGACGGGUACAGAGGAAGUUAUGGAGGCAGGGACGAUUACGGCCGCGAAGAUCCCAGCGGGCAACGCGGAGAAUAUCCUCAACACGGCCAACAUGGAGGAUACGGCGCGGCCGGCGAUUCGGAGAAUUACCCGAGCAGUUACACGGUCGUGCCAGCACCAGGAUACGCUGGCAAGUGUAACGGGUCGGGUUGCUGCGUGCCGAAAUGUUUCGCGGAGAAGGGCUCCAGAGGGCCACCGGGUGUAAUGGGACCGCAAGGUCCGAAAGGUCAAAAGGGAUUCCCUGGAACGGAAGGUCUUUUGGGACCGGAGGGAGAAAAAGGUGAUCCUGGUCCUCAGGGACCACGUGGCCCGAAAGGUGACAGAGGUAAAAUGGGUUUACCGGGAUUCACCGGUGUAAGUGGUGUGCCUGGAGUUCAAGGACCACCUGGAUCACCUGGUCUUCCUGGCCGUGACGGUUGUAAUGGAACAGACGGUGAGCCUGGCCCGAAAGGUCGUUCCGGAGAGCGUGGUCCUCGUGGUUACCCAGGUCCACGAGGGUCCAAGGGAGAUAAAGGUCAGCCGGGAUUCGCCGGCAGGUUCCCUGUUGGUCAGAAGGGAGAGCCAGGUAUAGACGGAGUCAGAGGGCCUCCGGGUCCACCAGGUCCACAGGGAGAGCAUGGAUUUCCUGGGCCAAAGGGCGAUCGUGGACCUUACGGGCCACUUGGACUACAGGGGCAAAAAGGAGAAAAGGGAAACAUGGGCCUCGCGUUCGAGGGUCCGAAGGGUGAUAAAGGCCAGAAGGGAGAGGCAGGACCUCCUGGAACUCCUGGACCCCAGGAAAUACUUGGGAAGCCAGAAGAAGUAACGGGUCCGCAGGGAGAUCGCGGCGAGAAAGGGGACAAGGGUGAAAGAGGUCCAGAUGGACAAAAGGGAGAACCGGGACCACUUGGAGACCACGGUAUUCCUGGUAACUCGGGUAUGAAAGGAGAGAAGGGUCUUCCAGGUGCACCGGGUAUUCGUGGUAGGGACGGUUUCUCCGGGCCUCCAGGUCCACCUGGACGUAAAGGUGAUCGAGGCUACGAUGGUCUGGAUGGUCUCCCUGGUCGCCCAGGACUGAAAGGAGAGCCAGGUCGAGAUGGAUCUAUGGGUGUUCCAGGCUUGCGAGGACCUCCUGGCCCACCUGGGGGUGGUAAAGGUACGCCAGGACCACCAGGACCAAAAGGACCUCAAGGUUUUCCAGGUCCCAUUGGACCACGCGGUGCCGAUGGAUAUCCGGGAGAUCCAGGCCCAAGAGGACCCAUAGGACCUGCGGGAGGGCCAGGUUUACCUGGUAUUCCUGGUCCAGAAGGUUUGCCAGGAGAAAAAGGUGCGAAAGGGGAACCGGGGAUCACAGGAUUCCCAGGACCAACAGGUCCCCGUGGAUUUGAUGGUCCGCCAGGUUUACCAGGUCCGCGAGGACCACCUGGAGAAAAGGGAGCGUCGAUUAUGGGACCUAAGGGAAUGGACGGAGCGCCCGGUAUAGACGGUGAGAAAGGUCAGAAGGGAGAACGCGGUUACGCAGGACCACGCGGUGUUCCUGGUGACGUGGAUGGUAUACCGGGAGUGCCCGGGGCGCCUGGUUUACCAGGAGAGCCAGGAACCCCAGGAAAAGACGGACUGCCAGGAUAUCCGGGAACACCUGGCGAGAAAGGAGAGAUUGGAGGACGUUGUACUGACUGUUUGCCAGGAUUGCCAGGACUUAAGGGUGAUCGCGGUUUCGACGGCCAGCCUGGACUUCCUGGACCGCGAGGUCCGCCUGGAGAACGAGGAUUUCUCGGUGAAGCGGGUACCGACGGAUUACCCGGACCAAUUGGACCACCAGGAUUACCGGGAAAGGAUGGUAUUCCUGGUACAGCGGGUCCUCAAGGUGAGCCCGGUGCCCCAGCAGUGGUCACGGAGAAUAUGCUCAAGGUGGAGAAAGGUGACAAAGGUGCGCGAGGUUUAGUAGGAAGAGAUGGUCCGCCUGGACCUCCAGGUCCGAUUGGAGAGAAAGGCGCGAUGGGAUUUGAAGGUUUCCCAGGAGCCAAGGGUACUGCUGGAGAUCGUGGAUUCCCUGGACAAGAUGGCAUUCCUGGAAGACCAGGUAUUCCCGGUCGAAAAGGCGAGCCUGGUAUCAGCGUGAAAGGGGAACCUGGUGAACCAGGCCGGACAGGUGAAGCUGGUCAGAAGGGUGAACCUGGUCAAUAUGGAGAUAAAGGAGAACCCGGCCAUUGUCCAAUCCCGAUUGAUUUGAUCAACGCCAAGGGCGACAGAGGUGCUCCUGGUGAGAAAGGAGAGCCAGGACCACCAGGCAGAGAUGGAUUGAGCGGUGACAAAGGUUUACAAGGUUUCUCGGGUCAACCUGGACCACCAGGCCCGCCUGGUGAAGCUGGCUUGGUUGGGCCAAGAGGGUUACCAGGCCAGCGUGGUGAUAAGGGGAACAUGGGACCGAUGGGUUUCCCCGGAGAACCGGGUCGCGAAGGACCUAGAGGUUUUCCAGGCACACCAGGAUUCAAAGGAGGAAAAGGUGAACCUGGUAUAUCGGUGAAGGGUAGUCCCGGGUUUCCCGGUCCGCCGGGGAUGAAAGGAGAGAAAGGUCUUCCUGGACCACCGGGAAAAGAUGGCCCUGCUGGCCUGCCAGGUCUGCCAGGCUUUACCGGGGAAAAGGGCGAUGCUGGACUGCCAGGAAUAAGUGGUUUACCUGGUAUACCGGGAGAAAAGGGCGACACUGGUCCGAUAGGACCUCCGGGUCCACCUGGUGUUGCUGGAACUCCUGGCAUAGAUGGAAGCAAAGGUGAACCGGGAUUCCCAGGCGAGACUGGCAAACCAGGACUGCCAGGAUUCCCAGGCGCGAAAGGUGAUCGCGGCGAACCAGGUAUCGACGGACCGAAAGGUUUCCCGGGAAGACGAGGUCCGCCUGGUCUACCAGGCAGGCCUGGUAUAGAAGGUGCACUUGGUCUGAAAGGAGAACGCGGUGAUAUAGGCAAUCCUGGUUUCCCUGGAUUGCCUGGGAAGGAAGGGAAACCUGGCCGCCCUGGACUACCUGGACCGAAAGGAAACCUAGGUCCUAUUGGUCCAGUCGGUCUUCCUGGUGCUAUUGGAUUCCAAGGGCCUAAAGGUGAUCAAGGUCUACCUGGAUUGCCAGGGCGCAAAGGAGAGGCAGGUCGAGUUUCUGAGAAAGGACAGAAAGGUGAGCCGGGAAUGCCGGGAAUCCGUGGUCCCGGUGGUCCUCCCGGUAGAGACGGUUUCGACGGGGAGAAGGGAGAUCACGGAUUGCCGUGCGCUUGUCAAAACGGAGAACCAGGUUUCAAGGGAGAGCCUGGCCUGCCAGGUCGCGACGGUUUGCCAGGACCUAUGGGAUCGAAAGGUGACGCUGGAGUGAGAGGUUUCCCCGGUCCCAAAGGAGAUAUAGGACCAAUUGGCGCACCAGGUGAACCCGGAACACCUGGAAUCGACGGAUUACCGGGUGAACGAGGUGACCUUGGCCCGCAGGGUCCGCCCGGUUUCCCUGGUCUGGACGGUGAAAUGGGUCCUCCAGGUCGUCCUGGACUCAACGGUAUCAAAGGAGAUCGCGGCUUCCCAGGUGCUGUUGGGGAGCCUGGUAUCCCUGGUGCAUUUGGAGAGAAAGGUGAUCGGGGUCAACCUGGACCGACGAUAUCCAUCAAGGGUGAGAAAGGUGAACCCGGUAUGCCAGGAUUGCGAGGUAUAGUUGGCGAGAAAGGAGACCGCGGCGAAGAAGGUCUAGUUGGUUACGACGGUGAGAAAGGAGAUCGAGGAGCGCCAGGUCCUGUUGGAAAUCCAGGACCACCAGGUCUUUCUGGACCUAAAGGCGACGAAGGUUUACGUGGACCUGCGGGACUUCCUGGAUUAACUGUCAAGGGCGAGAAAGGUCUGCCAGGUCUGCCUGGUAAGCACGGACGAGAGGGAAUACCAGGACGAUCAGGGGAUAAGGGAGAACGAGGGUUACCUGGUUUACCAGGACCCAAAGGAGAUCAAGGACCUUACGGUCCUGUUGGACCACAGGGCGAGAAGGGCGACAUGGGACUUAUGGGUCCUCCUGGUUUACCGGGUCGGGAUGGAAAACCAGGCGAAAGAGGACUGCCUGGUUUGCUGGGUGACAAAGGCCAGAAAGGUAACGAGGGUCCUCCCGGAGCGCCUGGUUAUUUGGGACCAAAGGGAGAACCUGGAUUCCCAGGCCUGAGCGGAAGAGAUGGUCUGCCUGGUGACAAAGGUGAAAGAGGUGUGCCUGGUGUACCUUGCUUACCGGGUUUACCGGGAGAGAAGGGUGACAGAGGAUUCCCAGGUCAAAUGGGAAGAAUCGGCGCUGUUGGCUUGGUUGGUCAGAAGGGUGACAAGGGUGACGACUGCAUCGAGCCACCAAUGGGACCAAAAGGAGACCGCGGUUAUCCUGGACCGGCUGGUCCGCCAGGACUACCAGGAGAGAGAGGACUUCCAGGUCCAGCUGGAUACCCAGGAUUAAACGGAGCGAAAGGCACAUCGGGACCUCAAGGGCCGCCAGGUCCACCUGGUUUACCAGGGCUAGCAGGACCCGAUGGUAUCCCUGGUUUGCCAGGUCUUCAAGGACCGGUGGGUGUCCCAGGUCUGCCAGGAGAGCCAGGGCAACCGUGUCAAGUUGCGUCGGACUAUCUCACCGGUAUAUUGUUGGUGAAACACAGUCAAACCUCCGAAGUGCCAGUUUGCAACGCGGGCCACAUCAAAUUGUGGGAGGGAUACAGUAUGUUAUCCACGGAUGGCAAUGAAAGAUCGCACUCGCAAGAUCUAGGUUACGCCGGCUCGUGCGUACGAAAGUUCUCGACAAUGCCGUUCCUCUUCUGUGAUACCAGCAACACCUGCAACUAUGCCAGUCGUAGCGAUCGUUCUUACUGGUUGUCGACCACCGAGCCGAUUCCAAUGAUGCCAAUCGCAGGAUCGCAGAUAGAGGAUUACAUUUCCAGAUGCGUGGUUUGCGAGGUCCCGGCAAAUGUGAUAGCCGUGCACAGCCAGUCACUGUCCAUUCCAGAUUGUCCACAAGGCUGGACCGAGCUUUGGAUUGGAUACAGUUUCGUCAUGCACACGGGCGCCGGUGCACAGGGCGGAGGUCAGUCGCUGUCCAGUUCCGGGUCCUGUCUGGAGGACUUCCGCGCGACGCCGUUCAUCGAAUGUAACGAAGAACACUGCCAUUAUUACUCGAACGAGAUCAGCUUUUGGAUGACGGUGAUCGAGGACGGGCGCCAGUUCCAAAGGCCUGAGAAACAGACCCUGAAGGCAGGCUACCUCAGGUCCAUAGUAAGUCGCUGCAAAGUGUGUAUAAAGGACACGUAAAUCCACACAGCAGCAAACCCGCGUGUGUUCUAUGCUCUCUUCUUCCCCUUUUCAAUCCCCGCGUUCCUUCCAACCCUCUCUUUUAUCGUCUCCUUUCCUCGCCGCACUUGUCAAACGACGCUCGGUCAGCCUGCAUGUCGCCAAUUGUGGAGAAAGUUACACAGAAAAGGCGGGAAAGGGGAUCGAGUAAAAAUUUACGGCGAAAGAUGUCGUCCUCUUCAUUUCCACGUUUUAUUUUUGUUUUUAACCUCCCACCCACGUCGAUUCUCUUUUUUCUUUUCUUCGUGUCUCCUCUUCCCUCUCGUAUACGCGGGCUCGUGAAAGUGUUCAUUGCCAAACUUUAUGAGUGUAUUUGCGAAACAUUUUGAAACACGCAGAAAUCACAAGUACAUAUUUCGCCGAGAUUACCAGACUAGACUAUAACGAUCUUUAACGAUCACGUUACACGUACUGAAUAUUAAUUCUUCUUCUUCUUCUUUUGUUUCUUUCAUUGAUAUAUGUAUGUUUGCAACGAAUAACUCGUAACUUCUGCGCGCACACCUUCCAGAGAUUCGUUUCAAAAUGUUUCACCACGAUACGUAGGAAAUACGAUACGUCAUACAAGUACUUUUCGUCUAUUUCUCUCCCCCGCGUUUGCACUCGUUUUUACUGCCUUUGAAUUUCCCGCGAACAGCUUGCCCCCCUCUCCCCCGCGCCACGAAUUCGACUACGUCGUAAGUUUUAUUUCCAUAACUAUUCAAACAAAAAGUGCCUAGCGUACUAUUUUCUAGCAUGUAAAAUAAUAUAUAUAUAUAUAUAAAAAAAAUUUAUAUUAUAAAUAUUAUAUAUGUAUAUUUAUAUCUCGCAAAUCUUUGUAUGAAGAGUAAGUUCAUCGUACUACUACGGACACUGCCCAUAUCCAAUAUGGCACUCUUUACAUAUUGUAUAUUAAUAUAAACAAACUUAGCCUGGUAAUCGUGUGAAGCCAAAUAUUUAAGUGAAUAGGUAUUUUGCUACUGUAGCUAAUAAAAUUCUAUUUUCAAACUUCA